GCCAUGUGAAAAUUGAACAAAUUAGAUUGAAGGUUAUGUUUAAUAAAAAAAGUCGGUAAGGAAGUUCCGUCAUGUGGAAUAGGUACCUUAGUGAAAUUUUCAAAAUCUUGUAAAUACCAGUAUUAUACUUUUUAAAAAUAAAAUGCAUAAAUAAAAAAUGGGCUCAAAUAUACUAGAAAAUAUUUGCAAAACAGUUGCGAUACGUUACCGUUUUAUAGAAGUAGUUGGAGAAAAUGGAGAACCAGAAAUUCGUUUUAUACCCCAUGAAGUACAAAAAUGUGAAAUAUCAACAAACAGCUCUGACGAAGAGGAAGAAAUUGCAACUGAAGUUGAUGUUAAUUACUUACGUAGUUUAGAUCCCAAGGAAUGGAAAAAGCAGGACCAUUAUAGAGUAUUAGGUCUACAAAAAUUAAGGCAUAAAGCAACAGAUGAAAACAUCAAAGCUGCUUAUAGGAAAAUUGUAUUAAAACAUCACCCUGACAAGCGAAAAGCCCUAGGUGAAGAAAUAAGGCCUGAUGAUGAUUAUUAUACAUGUAUAACAAUGGCAUAUGAAACUUUAGGAAAUCCAAUAAAGAGAAGAGCUUAUGAUUCGGUUGAUCCUGAAUUUGAUAAUUCUAUACCAACAGUAAAUGAAUUAAAAACGGAUUUUUACAAAGUAGCAAAAUACUAUUUUGACUUAAAUUCAAGAUGGUCAGAAAAUCCAAAAGUUCCUUUAUUUGGAGAUGAAAAUUCUUCAAGGAUAAAUGUAGAUAAUUUCUAUACAUUUUGGUAUAGUUUUAAAUCGUGGAGAGAGUAUUCCUAUGAGGACGAAGAAGAUAAAGAAAAAUGUCAAGACAGAGAUGAAAGAAGGAUGUGUGAGAAGAUUAAUAAAGCUGAAAGACAAAGGAAAAAGAAAGAAGAGAUGUCAAGAAUUCGUAAUCUGGUUGAUAUAGUAUACAACAGUGAUCCUCGUAUUUUUAAAUUUAAACAAGAAGACAAAGAGCGAAAAUUAGCAGCUAAAAGGGCAAAACAAACUGCAGCUCAGGCAAAGAAGGAAGAAGAAGAAAGAGUACUGAAAGAAGCUCAGAAAGCAAAAGAAAAAGCUGAUGCUGAAGAGAAAGCUCGAACUGAAGCUAAAAGACAAGAACGUGAAGCACAAAAAAAGGCUCUUAAAAAAGAACGUAAGAUGCUUCGCGAUACUUGCAAAAACAACAACCAUUUUUCUGCAAACGACCAAGAAAAUCUAAUUCAUAUGCAAGGAGUUGAUAAAAUUUGUGAAACAUUUACUUUAGCAGAACUGGAACAUUUAAAUCAAACACUACAAGUCAAUGGUAAAGAAAGUUUUAUUGCAGCUCUUCAGAUCUGUGAAAAACGUAUAGAAGAAGAAAGAGAAAAAGUUCUGCAAGCAGCCUACCAGAAAGGUACAGAAGAAUCUAAAGCACUACAAAAUGGACUAAAUUUAAAAGCAGAAUGGACUCAAGAUCACAUUCAACUACUUAUCAAAGCUGUCAAUUUAUUUCCAGCAGGAACAAAUCAGAGAUGGGAAGUUGUGGCAAAUUUUAUAAACCAACAUGGAACAAUACCUGAUGGACAUUUAAAAUUCAAUGCAAAAGAUGUUCUAGCAAAAGCUAAAGAUUUACAAAAUACUGAUUUUUCAAAGAGUGACCUUAAAGAAGCAGCCAACAGACGUGCCUUUGACAAUUUUGAAAAAGAAAAGAAAUCUCAAAAAAUAGUUGAAAAUUCAGACAUUACUAAAAAAGUUGAGACACAUAUACCUAAGUCUAAAGGAGUAAAAACAAAACUUGAAAACAAUUCAAAUAUGGCAAGUAAAUCAGAAACAAAAUCUGAGAUACCUUGGACAGCAGCAGAACAACAGCUUUUAGAACAAGCAUUAAAAACCUAUCCUGCUUCAACACCAGAUAGAUGGGACAGAGUUGCCGAAUGUGUAUCAAAUCGUACUAAAAAAGAGUGCAUGAAACGAUUUAAAGAACUGGUUGAAAUUGUUAAAGCAAAGAAAGCUGCCCAAGCUGCUACAAACUCUAAAUAGCACGAAGUUUUAUUUAGUUUAACUAACAUUUAAAUGGAUGAUUUAAAUCACAUAAAAUAAUUGCAAUUUUUAGUUGUCAUAAUAUUUUUCAUAUUAAGAUAUAAAUGAUUGUUAUAUCCUCUGUGUUCAGUAACAAUUAGUAGACUGAAUAAAUGUCUGUUGAAUUUCCUGAA